CGCGAGUCUAAAGGCACGGCUGCGAUCGUUCAUUCGUGUCUUUCCACGAGAGGUGUUGUGCAGAUUGCCUUUAAUAUAUGAAUAAUUGAACAACCAGAUGACUACGAUUGGAGAGCAAGGUCAAGAUAUUAGGUCGUAGCGCAAGUUCCGUGCUGCUAUUUUCGCGGUACACGCGUCUGUUGAUACCGAGGAAUUAUUUUCAGCUACGAUGGAGGCACAAAGGUGUGUCGAAUGAAAAUAAUGAUCAUCGAGGCAAGGGACAGGAACAUUCGAGUAUCUAUCUUCCGAACAGUUUGUUCUUCGAUUGGUGUCGAUUAUCUCGCGUGGCGUAACAUCUUUGGGGGAGUGUGAGCAUCGCGAAGGGAAACAAACAGGGAUAUUUUCAGACAAACACUGAUAGAAUUCUAUAAUUACAUCACAACGAUUAUGUGAAAUGAAAGCGAGCAAACAUCAAAACAAAUGAAUGUUCUCUUGGAGGUAUCGACAGUGUUCUGGAAGUGUCCAUACGUGCAUAUAAAUAUCUAUUGAUUCAUUGAUAAAUAUCUAUUGAUUGAUUGAUAUCUAUAUAAAUAAAUUUAUAUUGACAAUAUUCCCAGUGUAACGGCGAAUUCUGAAUCAUUCGUGAACCGGCCUGCAAAGAGAGUGCACGCAAAGAUGGCUCGUAAGACGGUUGAUGUGAAAUAUACUCAGUUGUUCAUCAACAAUGAGUUCGUGGAUGCAGUUAGUGGUAAAAAGUUUGCUACUGUAAACCCAGCUACUGGUAGUGUUAUUGCUGAAGUCUCUGAGGGUGACAAGGCUGAUGUGGAUAAAGCAGUCGCUGCUGCAAAACAGGCAUUCAAAAGGGGAUCAAAAUGGAGAAGCAUGAAUGCAUCUGACCGUGCGCAGCUGAUAAACAAGCUUGCAGAUCUUAUUGAACGUGAUGCAGAAUAUAUAGCAACUCUUGAAACUGUGGACUGUGGAAAAACAUAUUCGAAUGCUCUAGGAGAAAUGUACUUCUGUGCAGGCACACUACGCUAUCAUGCUGGGUGGUGUGACAAAAUUACUGGUGAUACUAUUCCAACAGAUGGAAACUUUGUCACACUCACACGAAAGGAACCAGUUGGUGUAGUAGGUCAAAUUAUUCCUUGGAAUUAUCCUUUUGCUAUGCUAGUAUGGAAGUGGGCUCCGGCAUUGGCAACUGGAUGUACUCUUAUAUUAAAGCCAGCUGAACAAACUCCACUUUCUGCAUUAUACGCUGCAGCACUUGCCAAGGAAGCUGGAUUUCCUCCAGGUGUUAUAAAUGUCAUUACAGGAUAUGGACCAACUGCUGGUGCAGCGAUUGUUGAACAUCCAGAUGUUCGUAAAAUUGCAUUCACUGGUUCUACUGAGAUUGGACAUCUCAUAAUGCAAACCGCUGGUAGGACGAACCUUAAGCGCGUUAGUCUCGAAUUGGGUGGCAAGAGUCCUUUAGUCGUUUUCGAUGAUUUUGAUGUUAAGGAAGCCGCGCGAAUAGCUCAUGAGGCAGUGUUUGCUAACCAUGGCCAAAAUUGUUGCGCUGGUUCGCGUACUUUUGUACAAGCCAAGAUCUAUGAUGAAUUCGUCAAGCACGCUAAACAGUUAGCACUUCAAAGAAAAGUCGGCGAUCCUUUCGACUCAGAAAUGCAACAGGGGCCGCAGAUUGAUGAACUGCAGUUCAAUAAGAUUCAAGGAUACAUUGAAUCUGGAAAGAAAGAAGGUGCUGUAUUGGAAACUGGAGGAGAACCACAGGGCAAAGUUGGCUACUUUAUUAAGCCAACAGUCUUUUCUAAUGUGACCGAUGAUAUGAAAAUUGCUAAGGAAGAAAUAUUUGGACCUGUACAGUCCAUUUUGAAAUUUGAAACUAUGGAUGAAGUUAUUGAACGUGCGAACAAUACAAAGUAUGGUUUGGCUGCUGGUGUGCUCACAAAAGAUAUUGAUAAAGCAAUGGUGUUUGCACAGGCAGUAGAAUCUGGCAGUGUAUGGGUAAACUGUUACGAUGCUAUUUCACACCAAACUCCAUUUGGUGGAUUUAAGGAGUCAGGCAUUGGUCGUGAACUGGGUGCUGAAGGAAUAAAGGAAUAUCUUGAACUCAAAACUAUUACUAUUAAAGUGCCAACUCGUAAUUGAAAGGAAUACAUAAACAUUGAAAUGUACAAAUCUAUGUUACUUUCUUCUUAAAUAAAAAUACAUUUUUCUGAGUGAUG